AUGCCUGGCCGCACCGAGUCCUCCCUCUCGAUCGGCAUCAUCGGCUCCGGUCUAGGCGGCCUCUCCGCCGCCAUCGCCCUCCGCCGCGCCGGCCACCGCGUCACCCUCUACGAGCGCUACGACUUUGGCGGCGAGGUCGGCGCCUCCCUGUCCGUCGCCUCCAACGGCUCCCGCUUCCUCGAGGAGUGGGCCGUCGACAUCCCCGCCGCCCGGCCCGUCGUCCUGCGCAACCUCAUCCGCCACGAGUACGUGUCCGGCGCCGUGCAGGGCACCUACCCGCUCGGCGACUACCGCGAGCGCUUCGGCACCGACUACAACAACUUCCACCGCAUAGACCUGCAUAACCACCUGAAGGGCGUCGCGCUGUCGCAGAGCGGCGAGGGCCGCCCGGCCGAGCUCAAGACGUGGCACAGGGCGUGCAAGCUGGACCCGGAGUCCGGGAAGAUCACGUUUGAGAACGGCGCCGAGGCGGUGCACGACGCGGUCGUCUGUGCCGACGGCAUCCGCAGCGUCAUGCGCGAGCAGCUCGGCGUGGUGCCGGAGGUGGCGCCCAGCACGUCGUGCUGCUACCGCUGCAUCAUCUACGCCGACAAGCUGCGCGAGCUCGGGCUCGAGGAGUUCCUCGACAACGACGCCAUCGAGUUCUGGGGCGGCGACCACGACAAGACCAAGAUCGUGCUGUCGGCCUGCAGCGACAAGAACGUCGUGUCGUGCUACUGCUUCUACCCGGCCGAGAAGAACGACCUCAAGGAGGACGGCUGGAACAUCUCCACCACGGGCGAGAACCUGGCGGCGACCUUCCCCGGCCUGGACCCGAGGCUGAUCACGCUCUUCCUGAACGCGGAGGAUAUCAAGAUGUGGCGUCUGUAUAACCACGAUCCCUAUCCCUACUGGAGCAAGGGCAGGUGCACGCUGCUCGGGGACGCCGCGCACCCCAUGAUGCCUGACCAGAGUCAAGGGGCGUGCAUGGCUAUCGAGGAUGCCGGCGCGCUGGGUAUCCUCUUCUCUGAGAAGUAUGCGGACUUGUCUGUCGAGGAGCGGCUCAGGUUGUACGAGGCCGAGCGAAAGCCCCGUGCGACAAAGCUGCAGGCGGCGAGCAAGAGGGCGAGGGAGAAUCUCAAUGAACGGAUUGGCUGGUCGAGCAAGGAUACCAAGCCGGGCAUGCUGACGAUUGAGGAGGUCUGCGGGUAUGACAUGCAUGCUCACAUUGCCGAGUUGGUAAGAGUAUCAAGAGAGGCAGCAGCUUAA